UUUCAAGAAUUAUAAUUUAAUUCACUCGUUCUAAUUGAUUUCAUUUUACCCAAAUUCAGCUACAGUUUACGUUAAUGCAGUUUAUAUAAUAAUGAAAUUAUGGACUCCUCAAAUUGACAACUGUAAAGAAAUUGAAUUACUUUAACAUAUGUGGAGUGAGUGUAAAUAACAAGCUUUUCUGUUAAAAGUGAGCUUACAUAGAAAGCUUUGUUUGGUUUAUGAUGUUGAGAGGAUUAACGGAUUAAAGGAAUCCUACUUUUAUCGAGAGUGGAUGCUGGACAUACAAGACUAUAUAGUGUUCAAUUCUGCCGAGAAAAAGACGCACAAUUCCAUAGAGCAUCGUGCUUUCUUGUUUGUAAAUUAAAAGGCGUUAAUUAAAACAUCAAAGCUUGCAAAGAAUUCUUGUGAAAAAUCUGCGAUAUGGACGAUUAGUUCGAUAAAUGUGUAAGUGUACUGUACUGCAUCAAUAUCUGUGCUUUUUGUAGUAGAUUACAUACAUAUUCACUUACCCUUUGCAGUAAGUAACACUGCCUGCAAAUCUGAUAUAGAUUUAAGUCAACACAAGGGCACUUUUUUGUCUGUUAGUGAAAGGGUCAAUUCGCAAAAUAAACAUGCUCAGAUUAGUAUAUAUAUUGUGUUAUGUAAUCGAACAAGGGAUUAAACCAACGUUUCAGUAAGGGUCAUAGCUUAUUCAUCCAGUGCUAGAACUGACUGAAGAAUAUAAAGGAAUCCAGCAGUGUUUCGUAGAGUCACACGCAUAAAAACGACCAGGUUGUUCGUUUUCGCGCGUGUAGAAUCACUCUUUUGGCUCCAUCCUUCUUAUAUAACACCUGAGACCAUUCUUGAUAUUCAAAAUGCGAGCACUCGUGUAACUAUCUGAAAAUAUAAAGACUAGAAUUUGGACGUUUCGCGGAGCAAAAGCCCUUUGUACUUUGAAGUUGGUAGCGACAUUCUUCGCAUUAUUGCAAAAUUAAUGUACAUUGGUUAAUGUACAUCUCCCCUCGUUCAAUUUUGUACAACGCCGAAACCGCUUUUGGUGAUGCACCAUGACACCAGCUCAAUAUUGAGUUGGGAGAGCUGCGUCUUAAGAAGUUCAACCCGAAUUGCAAGGCGUUUAUCAUAUGCGAAGAAUUGAUCAUAAGUGUGUGAGAAUUUUGCAUAAAGGAAAUAUAGUCUCAAGCAGUUACGUCUAAGUUUGUUGGUGUAGAUAUACCAGCACCUGGUUAGAAAAGAACGCCACUUUGAGGACUUAUAUAUUGGUUCGUAAUAUAUACUAACUAGACUAGCAAGAAUGCAAAAAUGCUGCAUUAUCAAGCAUUGUCUACCCAUAAGACGCCAGUUUUGUAUUUGAUGUAUUUUUGGAAUGUGUGCUUUAGCAACCGUGCGUUAAAAUCACUACGCCAGAAUGUUCCAGAGGCCAGUCUAUGAUUAUAACACUUUUAAAUACCACCUGGAGUGCCUGAUCAUUAAUUUGGUUAACAUUUAACUUCCGUAAUAGAGAGUAAAUGUCUAUUGCACUCUUCCCCAAUAGUCCUUGUUUUCAUUGACUUUCAAUCCUUGGUCAGAACUCUACUCAAGCUCUUAAAAUAAUUGAGGAGAAAGAGCUACCUUUACAUUGACAUCAGUAAAUGGUUAGACUUUCGCGUCUUCUCGUAUAAGAACGCUAAAUCGUAGAUACCUCGGAUCCCUUAUCAAUCGGACAAUAGCUUGUUGGGAAAUCCGCUCACCAAUGAAUGAAAAACCGCUCAAUAAACUCGAACUCAAAAUGUGGCUCAGUGGCUAUUUGCUCAUGUCACGUAGAAUCGGGCUAAAGAUAAGGCCUUUCGUCGAGAAGACUCGAAACAUCGAAUUUCUAAUAAAUAGUAAAAUCUUUUGUCGGUAAUAUAUUUGAUAUUACGGGAUUAAUCGGCUUAACCAGCGAUCACGAUAAUCGUGAGCGAGACUUUCGCUUGAAACAGGUGCUGUCACAACAGGAGUCGCCCAAACUCCAUUCCAGAACCUUAUAGGAAUUGUCUACUGAACUAUAAGUAAUCAAAAUAUACCUUAAUGUUGCUGUAGUAACCAUUCUCUUACAUUUCUGAGGUUAUUGAUACCUCCCGUAUGUUACAACUGUCUGUGUGGGGACGAGGUUUAAGUCACUGGGCUCGAAUUAUGCAUGAGUGUAUGGUGGCUGAUUGCUAGUCAUUGCACCAAGCACUUUAUCAUAUGGUAUUUGUAAUACUGUACCUUACCCUACAUCAAUGAAAAUGUUCUGUAAACUGAGUUGAAGAAGUGCGGAAAAUCUCAAGUCUAGUGCGUGCGUGUAACAGGAAACUAAUCGUUCGUAAAUUGCAUCAAGAACACUUUCAUUUGGCAAGAAAAACGUCUUUGUUUGAGGAAAAAUGCCAAACGUUUGAGAGAUUCAUUUUCUAACGGGGAAUUGCGAAAUAAUUAUAAGGUACUAAAACAAAUUAAGUCUAGACCUUCUGUGUGAUAACAAUAUGACAUGACCGGCUCCUCACGCAACCUCCACAACACUAUUUUUGUUUUUGUUUCUUUGAAAAGGAUAAAAAAAAACGCCGACACGUUUGAAACGAAGACCGUCCGUCGUCUGCAGUGUGUCUGCAGGUAAAGCUAGACACUAGAGAUUUGAAUUUCGCCGUUGGCGAUCUAUAUAAGAUAUACCGUACGGCGUUAAUUAAGUAAUUAAGGUCUCUAUUCAGUAUUGUUCAUGAUUGUUGGAUAGCUGCACAUUUCCAGACAAAGCGUGUUUGUACGAAAGCUCCGCUCAAUUUGUUUUAUGCCUUCCAGAUAAUUACCAGCAGAACGAAGACAGUUUUCUGAUUUUGGGUUUACAACUCAGUUUGCAGAACAUUGUCAUUGAUGUAGACUAAAGCUGGUGUUACACGGAGCAACAAAAUUGCUGCAACUUGCAACAAAAUCUGAUUUCAACGCAUGUUAAGUAGAAAUGUCGACACAUGUUGCCUCGUGAUUUGUAAUGUAUGUGUAAGCAUUUUCAACAUGCGUUGAAAUCAGAUUUUGUUGCAAGUUGCAGCAAUUUUGUUGCUCGUGUAACUCCACCUUAAAGUACAGUAUUAAAGAACCAUGCAGUUGCUCUGUUUGGUAGAAUUCUUUUGACUGGACUUCUACACCCUCCCCCUCCCCUACACGUUCACUGGACUUCUACACCCCCUUGCACGUUUGUAAGUAUGCAGAGUACUGUAUAGAGCCAUACAAUUGUACAGAUUUUGUACAUGGAAUUUCGAACCAGGAGCAGUUGCGAAAAAUGCAACUAUGGGUCCUUUGGCUGCAGCUCUCUAACCAACUGAGCUACAGAGGCCAGUUGUCAAGCUCUAUACGUGAACUUGCGAUUGGGGCUCGACAACUGGCCUCUGUAACUCAGUUGGUUAGAGCGCUUUAUCGGAACCGCGGAGUCGCAGAACUCACUGCUGCAUUGUCAUUGUAGUACAUGUUCUUGAAUGUGGCUACCUUCGAUGGAUCUGAUAUUGUACAGAACUCACUGUUGAGUUCGAGACUGAGUUAAGCAUGGCAGCAACUUUUAACAGUCUGGUUAAAUCAAUCCAAAUUCCUGGUCAGACCUGUUCCAGGACGUCUAACCAAACUAAACCGAAAUGUUAUUUUUAGUUUAGGUAAUCUAGGCUAGGAACUUUUUCAUUCAAGUGUUUUUGAAAUGUACAAAAGUCUGUUCAGACACGCUCUGAAUGCGGACAUGUCAGCAGUCGCUUGCCUGUCGACACCUUCAUAAAUAGUAUUUUUAAAACGCUCCGUGUGCAAACAAGGCUGAGUAAUUUUAAUACGCUGUUCUUUCUACGCAUGCAAACGCGUAUAUAAACACAUUCCUUGUGUGUAAUGAAGACGCUUACCAUUUUCUGAACACAGUUGAUGCUAAUAUAGAUUAUAGGUAAGUGACGUUAACAGGUUUUUGAUUUUGGCAUGUACACUGAAUUGUAGGGCUAUAGCUAUAGUAUCGAGCUAGACAGUGACUAUCAACCAACACUAGCUGUUUACACGUAUGUCUAUAGUAGCCUAUGUAAUUUGAAGUAAGACUUUGACUGUAUGAAAAACUGAUCAGUCAAGCAUCAUUCUUUGGGGUUUUGGAGUAAAGAAGGGUUUUACUUUUAGCACGUGCAUGGUUUUAUUAUUAGUCAGGAUUUUGAAGAUUACAAAAUCGUCACUAUGGGAAUUUGGGCAUCCCAAAGUCCUCAUAUUUACCCAUAAACCUGACACUGCCAUCAACGUAGCAUAUAGUGUUUUAAAAUCUUUCACCAAUAUGCUUUUAAAAUUCGUUAAUAAAUCACGCUGACUUUUCUGAAUAUUGUACGACGGUGUAUGUUUAUGCCAUAUUAACACGCAGCAUGGUGUAUUUAGUCCGUUGAUAUAUAUGCCAGAGGUUAUUAGAAAAUAUUUGUGAAAAUUUGUUUCAGGAAACGUGUGCUUCUGUUCAAUUAUUUUAUAAAUCCUCGGCUAACUUCAAACAGUUGCGAUUUGUCAAAACUAUCACAGUUUCUUAAAUUCUGUUCGUACUGAAUUUUAUUUAAGAUUGUAUUUGUACCAUUUCAUUCAUUGCAUCAAUGUUGCAUUUUCUACUGCUGUGUAAUUGCUCAGUUGAGUAUAUUUAUGCUUUCUGGCAAGUGGCAAUUCUGUGUGACAAAAACAGCUGGAACAAAUGUGUAACCAUGAAACUAUAUAAACAACAUUUAAUAACACCGCGUAAACAGCAUGACAUUCAAAGGCAAUUUUUAUUCAUAUCCAUAACUUGUUUUUACUCCCUGAGCAUAUAAUUUCAUUUUAACAUUCUACAAAUGAAGUGAAUGGUUUCGUAAAAUAUUUUACUGUGAACAGCACGUUUUUAUUAACCUAAUUUGCAUAUUUUCCGCAAAGAUUCUAAAUUGGAUUAUCAGGAUUCCAAAUUUGAUAUGUAUGUGUUUUAAAAUGAUAGUACAUCGUUGACAUUUCAGAAUUAUACAGUAAUUUCGAGCCGUUCUUUGAUCUUAAAUUUUUAUUGAACCCGACCUUUUAACUGCCAGUCUGCAGUCUUCGACAAGUGAAGCAAUAAUGAAUUGAACAAAGGAAUGUGACAAUGGUUUACAAUAUUCCUAUAGGCUUAGCCUUAGUUCAAUUCAUUAUUGGUUUCCCUGUUGAAAACUGCAGAUUGUUGCAGCUUGUAUUCAAUGAAAGUCUAAGAUCUGGGUCCGGUUGUAUCAAGCCCGUUUAGCUUAAACAGUGGUUAAGCUCAAAAUAGAAAGCAAGUCUAUAGAUUCAUUCAACAACUAAACUAAAAGUUUUGAACUUUAAUAGAACGAUAAUGUUUACAACUACAUAUUCAGUGCAGAAUAUUUAAGUUGACUGAUUCACGAGAGAGAAAAGAGUGUUUUUAAUUUUGACUUAUCCACGCUCUUCCGAUCUAAACGGGCUUGAUACAACCGGCCCCAGAACGUCUUCAAAUCAUAUUGAAAAUCUUGAAAAAUAAAAAAAAUAAUUUCAACGAAAACGAUGUUAUUUUGUCUUUUUCAGGAAAUUGAAAACACUUUGCAGUCGAGGUCUAUUGUAGCUAUGUUGUAGCCUGUAGUUUGUUUCUUUUGUUGUUUUACUCGCUAGGUUGCACUCAUAAAAAUCUCACAACUUAUCAACAAAAUGUGUUCGCACUGCUUGUUCCCAGUUGUUAGCAAGUUGAUGACAACAAGCUCGUAGCAACUUGUUACGAACAGCUUGUAUUAGUCUUGUUGGAACAACUUGUAGCAAGUCUGUUACCGUCAUCGUCCUUGUAACAAGAUGAUAACAACUUGUUCCAGACUUGUCACAACAAAUGGGAACAAGCAGUGCGAACACAUCCUGAUAUCGACUUCACAACAACCUUGUUGCAACUUGUUUGCAGAUCUGUGACAACUUGCGCAUUUUUACGCGUGUAGUUGACUCUUUUUUAUGUCCUAGGUUUUGUGUUUUGAAUGGCUUGCAAACAAGAAGCUAGCGUUGUAAGAGUGGAUGGCUUUCCAAGCGAGAGGCCUGAAACACAGGAGAAGAUGUCAGAUGGAGAUAAGUUGACACAACAUGUUGAAAAUGUUGUAAGAACGUGGGCUUUGGUGAAGAAAGAUUUGGUGGGCAAUGGAAUUGUUUUUUAUAUGAGGUUAGUAUCUAACUGCUACUGCCUACUGGAUCAAUUAAGGAUGACGCUAACUGGACCUAUAUAGGGAGAACAGUUUAGAACUGAUAGAGCUAUCCAGUGUAAAUAAAGUUAGUUUAGUUUAGGUUUCCUCCUGUAGUAACACUGGAUCAAUAAGAGAUGAUCCCCUCUAGGAAGAACAGUUUAGAACUGAGAGAGCUAUCCAAUAUAAAUAAAGUUAGUUUAGUUUAGGAGUUUCCUCCUGUAGUAACACUGGAUCAAUAAGAGAUACCCUUACUGGACCACUAGGAAGAACAGUUUAGAACUGAUAGAUCUCUCCGGUAUAAAUAAAGUUAUUUUAGUUUGGGUUUCUUCAUCAAAGAUAACAAUCCAAAUUCAAACAAUCCAAAUUGUUUAUUCAGAUUAUUCAGUGAAAACCCAGAAGUGAAAAGUUUGUUUUCAUUUGCGUCGAGUAUGAACACGGAGGAGGUACAACACGACAAUCCAGGUCUACGGCGGCAAGCUAAGACGCUCAUGUCCAUGAUUGAUUACGCCAUUCGUUGUCUUGGUAACCUAAAAGAUCUUGUCCCAAAGCUGAAAACAUUGGGCAAGAGACAUUUUGUUAAAUAUAAUGUGAAGCCAGAGCACUUUAAGGUACGCUAGUUGUAGUUAUUUUAUCAUCGUCUGACCAUCACCACAAUCAUCAUGACCACUCAACAAACAUAUUCAGCUCACAUAUUUAGUUUAAUUGCUUACACACGUAAAAACGCACAAGUUGUAACAAACCUGCAGCAGACUUGUAGCAAUGCUGUUCAAACAACUUGUCAACAGGAUGUGUUCGCACUGCUUGUUCCCAGCUUGUUGACAACUUGCUACAAGGUUGUUGAGCUCAACAGACUUGUUACAAGUUGUUCCGACAACUUGUUAUCGUCCUGCAAUUCAACAAUUUGUCAACAAGUUGUGAGUGACAAGCUUGUAGCAACUUCAUGAAAUAACAGCAUUGUUACAACUUGUUGACAAGCUUGCUACAAGCCUGUUGCGAACACAUCUUGUUGACAAGUUGUGAGAUUUUUACGUGUGUACACACGUAAAAAUCUCACAUCUUGUAACAAGUCUGCCAACAAGCCGUCAACAAAUGUAUUCGCACUGCUUGUCACAAGUUAACCUGAGUAUCAGGCUCUAUUUUACAAAUAGAGCCUGACACAAAACUUAACCUGAUCGCUUUCCGCCCACAGCAAAGUUUAUAUUUAGUAUCCAAUCAAAAUGUCGCAGGAGAAAUUUAAAUUUCACACAACGACAACAACAAUCUAAUUAUAGCAUAGGCAGCCCACUAAACGGCUGAAUUUAAAUUAAAACUGCAAUGAACUUAUAAAAUUAACAAAAAUAAUCACAAAUUAGCGAAAUAUAUUGCAAAUGUAGCUUAUAUUAAAUCGGCACCCGAUUGCUCUCUCCUCCGCAGAGGUUUCAGUGAGAGGUUUCAGUGACUACAAUGAGCUUUACAUGGCGCUUGCCGUAUUUAUCAACGAACUGACGUAUAAUUAUAAAGUAUACUUUAUAACUAUACGUCAGUCGAUAGUGCAAUCUGAUGGCGAUUUAAUAUAAGCUACAUUUGCAAUAUAUUUCGCUAAUUUGCGAUUAUUUUAUAAUUUUACUGCAGUUUUAAUUUAAAUUCAGCCGUUUAGUGGGCCGGCUAUAAUUGUAGUUGUGAAUUGUGAUCGUUAUAAAAUAUUUCAACAACAAUAGUAUAAUCUAAUUAGCACCAGCCAAUCAAAUGACAGAUUUAAAAAUCGUUUGUCUAAUCGGCCAAUCAGCGCUCAGUCCAGAUUCUGGACUGAACAACCAGGCAAAAUGCCACUUUUGUGUCAGGCCGUACUUUUCUCCCCUUCGCCCACGAUCAGGCGUGCCUUUGCCCUAAAAAGUACGGCCUGAUACUCAGGUUAGUCACAAGUUGUCAACAGGUUUGGAACAACUUGUUCACAACUUGUAACAACCUUGUUGAAAUUAUCAGACUUGUUGCAAGGUUGUUCUGACAAGUCCGUUACAUGCUUGAUAUAACAAGAUUGUUACAACCUUGUGUUGACAACCUUGUAACAUCCUUGUUAUAUCAUGACUGUAACAAACUUGUUAGAACAACCUUGUAACUAGUCUGAUAAUGCCAUCAAGCUUGUUACAAGUUGUUAACAGCUUGUUCCAAACUUGUUACAACAAACUGGAUACAAGCAAUGCGAACACAACUUGUUGACAGCUUGUGAACAGACAUGUAACAACUUGUGUGUUUUUACGUGUAUAGUUGUCCAUUCUAUGCACGUGAGUUACACGUGUAAAAACGCACAAGUUGUAAAAAACCCGUUGUUCCAAUAACUUGUCAACAGGAUGUGUUCGCACUGCUUGUUCCCAGCUUGUUGACGAGUUGCUACAAGGUUGUUGAACUCAACAGACUUGUUACAAGUUGUUCCAACAACUAGUUAUCGUCCUGCAAUUCAACAAAUUGUGAGUGACAACCUUGUAGCAACUUGAUAACGUAACAACAUUGUUACAACUUGUUGAAAAGCUUGCUACAAGCCUGUUGCGAACACAACUUGUUGACAAGUUGUGCGAUUUUUACGUGUGUAACUGAAGCUAACAUGUUGGUCGCCUUGUUUCAAGUCUAUGAUGGGUAAUGUUGCCUGAUGUUGAUUCAGGUUUGGCUGAGUUUAAAAAUUUUAUCCAACUUUGCCCAACGUCGUCUGACGACCAAGAAAGUUGGGCGAUGCUGGACUCGUUUGAACGCUUUAUGUUUUUCUCAUCAAACAGGCCGUUGGCGCCGCUUUACUUUGGACACUCAAGGAAGGACUAGGAGAAAUAUUCACGCGUGACGUGGACGCUGCGUGGACUGCUAUUUUUAGAAUACUUGCUGACGUCAUGAUCGAAGGUGGAAAAGAGGGACUGGCGGAAAUCAAGUCGCGUAGUACUGGUAACGAGUAGGUGGACAAUAUAGGCACAACACUACAACGUUCAUUGUAGGUGGGUUUCAAGCAAUUCUGGGAGACGUUAAUGCAUCGUUUACACUGUGGCCGAUAACUUUCCGUAGCGACAUGAAAAACAUCUAUCCGUACCUUUUAGGAACGCUAUUUUCAGAGAAAUUAUUGCAACGGAGAGAUGUUGUUUCGUUUAGCUUCUGAAAGUUGUACAUUCCGUAUCUGAUAGGUGCUUUUUCGCGCCGCUACGUAAAGCCAUCCGGGAUGGUGGAAACCCAGCCUAAAGGCUCAUUUACACUGUAAUUUUUGCGGCGAUUUCUAGUUGAAGUUGAACGAGUAGAAGAGUUCUGAAUGUUCUGAGUUUAUGUACCCCCAUCUGGCUCGUCCCCAGCAUCAGAAGAAAUCUCACUUGACAUCGUAGCAAAAAUGCACUGCAAACGGGCCUUAACAUAAAGGCAGGCGGGGGUCAAAUCAAUUCUAAUCACAUUCUUUUGUUUUAUUGAAAGUCACCUAUAUGUAUUGAUUUUGCCUUUGAUGGCAAGUACACAUAAUGAAAUAUAUUUAGCAUAAUUUCCGUGCUGCAAUAAGCGAGGCAAAACCGCAAGAAAUUAUAAAUCUUCUAUAAAUAUUUGAUGUAAUAUAUCUAUCAAAUAUAAAUGUUGUAUGAAUUUAAUGUCAAGAUAUUUUAGAAAGUUG